GCCCGCUUUCGAAAUUUAAUUUAACAUAAUUAAAAUAAUAUUAAUAGACAUAAUAAGCGUUAAUUAUAUAAUAUAUGGCUACAUAUAAACUUUGUAUUAAAUGCCUUACUUUAAACCUUUCCCGGGAACUAUUUACACAAGAUACGAAUGGAAGGUGGGACACGGAGACCUGGCGGCCGGUCUUAAGCGGUUCCAGAUCGGAGCUUCAGAAACGGUACGACACAUGUGGCCUUUGUCGACUUCUGCUCCUGACGCUAAACGCAAAUACGUACGCCGUGUCCGAUCAGGUGGAAGAUUUUGAGUGGGAGGCUGCGUGGGUGCUAAACGAUCUUGACUACAGAGAUGCCGAGCUCAUCCCACACCGCAAGGGCUCGGGUCUUUGUGUGGUGAGAAAGGCAUGGUUCGAUGCCCCGGUUAAUCUGAUACAACUUGUUGAAGACGAAACAGUCAUCGAUGAGCCAUUAUACGGUCGCCACCGUGGUAUAGAUGUUGAUAUUGACCGAAUCCUCUCCUGGUUCCAAUUUUGCCAGCGGGAACACGACGACAACUGUUCGGCUGCCUUCCUCAAUGUAACCCAGCGGCCUGUUCCAACAUUGAUGAUUGACGUUAUUGACAAGUGUCUGAAACCCGCUGAUACGGGUGUUAAGUACACUGCUCUGAGUUACGUAUGGGGACGAAACAAUGAACCCCAGACCCGAGAAUCUACUUUACAAGAAUUCUCUGAAAUAGGCGCUUUUGACCGAGUGACCCUUCCACGUACCAUCGAGGACGCUAUUGCCGUUACCGUUGCUCUUGGGUUUCGCAAUUUGUGGAUUGAUUCGUUAUGCAUUGUGCAAGACCGGGCGAAGGAAAAGCUUGACCUUAUCAACGCAAUGGACUCGAUAUAUAGUCAAGCCGCACUGACUCUCGUGGCUGCAACAGGAGACACUGCGCACUCGGGGUUAAGUGGCUGGUCAAGAGAGUCUCGGGAGGAAGUGCGGGAGUUAACCGCGACCAUUGCUCCGGAUCUAACAAUAGGGGUGUUACCUCCAUGUGGGCAUCUGAUUGAGACUUGUGAUUGGGUACAGAGAGGAUGGACCUACCAGGAAGGUGUUCUAUCUAACCGCUGCUUAAUAUUUCUCGAAGGACAAAUCUACUUCAUGUGUCGAAAGAAUCUCUGGCGCGAGGAUCUGGUAGGAGGACUACCGACAACUAACUUCUCAGGCUCUCCUUUCCUAGGAAGACCCGACGAGAAUUGGAAUUCAUCUCCCCAGCCAAUUCUCGAAGAGUUGAUCGGAUAUUAUUCACCACGAAUUCUGACCUUCCCAAGCGACAUUACUUAUGCAUUUCGUGGUAUCGAAAAUGCCAUUGGUCCUGCAAUUGGUGGCACGCAAUUCUUUUUUGGACUUACGUCUUGUGCUUUUGAUGCCUCGCUGUUAUGGACAAAGAAGUCCAGGAAUGAAGUACUCACUCGUCGCCCAGGAGCUCCCAGCUGGAGCUGGAUGGGCUGGGAGGGAGCAACGUCAUAUCUUGCUACAUCCUACUUCAUCGAUGAAAUAGAUUGGCUCACAACCCGUACCUGGGUAGACUGGUAUAUCGUGGAUGAUUCUGAUAACCUCGUAUAUGUCUGGGACUCCACAAGAGACACUAUCGUCGUCAACCAAAGCCCCAAAGGCGAUUUAAAGCUUCAAGGCAAGUCACAACCUAUUUGGUGCUACGGUUCUUCUUUAGAAGAAAACCCAUUCGGCCGACAAACAGUCCUAUGGCCCGUUCAUGAGAGACCUCCUGCUUUAAACGCAUCUACGGUACCUAGAGGGUUUCCUUAUCUCGCAUUCGUGACCGUCCAUUCCAUAUUCAACAUGAGAGUUGUCUCCCAACAGCAUAAUAUAACCUCGACCUACAUAGAUAUAUGCGACAAGGGUGGUUUGGUCUGUGGCACAUUGGGAGACUAUUAUCUUUCUGAUAUCCCCUCUCCCGACGACGGUAUAAAAUCCGUAGAAAUUAUAAUUAUAUCCUACGCAGACGAGGGCCUCACUCAUUUCUUUACGGCGGGCAAGAACAUUAAGGAAAUAUACGGGGAAUUUGAAGUAGAACCUCUCCCGACCAUCGCUUUUAACGUGCUAGUCGUCGCGCCCCAUACACAGAGACUAGGAAUUUACGAGAGAGUUGGGUCCGGGUUCCUCCUCAAAGACGCCUUGUUCCGGGGAUUGGAGCCCCCUACUUGGAAGCAAAUUGUAUUGGGUUAAGAUUUUUUUUUUCCUUUAUUAAUAUUUUUCUCUUUCGGUUGAAUAUCUUCCUUUUAGUGCUUCCCCUUGUGGCCCAUGCCUCGGGCGUUAAACUAUGAGGUGUUAUUCUUCUACGUCAUUAGAAGAUAUCUUUUGGUACGGUC